AUGCCUGCAGAAAACUGCACCGCACUGACCGAGUUCAUUCUCUUGGGUUUCACCGACCGUCUGGAGGUGGAGAUACCUUUGUUUGGGCUCUUCCUACUCGUCUACGCCACCACUUUGGUGGGGAAUGCUGGCCUCAUUGUGCUCAUCCAGCUCAAUGCCUGCCUUCAUACCCCCAUGUACUAUUUCCUAAGCAAUUUAUCUUUCUUAGACCUUAGCUGUUCAUCUGCCAUUGCUCCCAAGAUGCUGGUGAAUCUGUUAGGACAGUGGAAAACCAUUUCUUUAAUCGGCUGUGCAACACAGAUGUUUCUCUUUGCUGCCUUCGCUGAUGCCGAGUGCCUCAUUUUGGCUGCGAUGGCCUAUGACCGCUACGUGGCCAUAUGUCACCCUCUUCUCUACACCAUUGCCAUGUCCCGCAGGGUCUGCACCUCCAUGGUAGCCGGGGCUUAUCUCAGCGGGUGUCUGACCUCGCUGGUGCACACGUCUUUCACGUUCACAUUGUCGUUCUGUGGCUCCAACACGAUCAACCAUUUCUUCUGUGAUAUUCCCCCACUGCUGGAGCUCUCCUGCUCCGAUACACGCAUCAACGAGAUCCUCCUCUUUGCCCUGUGCGGCUUUAUACAAGCCAGCACCUUCCUGACCAUCGCCGUCUCCUACGCCUGCAUCCUCAGCACCAUCCUCCGGAUCCACGUGGCAGAUAGCAGACACAAAGCCUUCUACACCUGCACCUCCCAUCUGACGGCCGUCGGGUUAUUCUACGGCGCCCUCCUCUUCACAUAUUUACGGCCCAGCUCCAGCUACUCGCUGGACACGGACAAAGUGGUCUCUGCAUUUUAUACUGUUGCCUUUCCCAUGCUGAACCCCCUGAUUUAUAGCCUGAGGAACAAAGACGUGAAGGUUGCCCUAAGGAGAACAGUAGAGAGAAGAGUGUUUUCUCAGUGA